AUGUAUGCAAGUCAUCCCUUUUCGUCAUAUUUUUUUUAUUCACGUCUUCACAUUUCAUUUUUUUCUUUUUCUUUUCUUUUCUUAACAUUCAUCAUUCUUUCUUUCUCUCUUUUUUGUUCUUUAUUCACGUCUUCACAUUUCAUUUUUUUCUUUUUCUUUCCUUUUCUUAACAUUCAUCAUUCUUUCUUUCUCUCUUUUUUGUUCUUUAUUCACGUCUUCACAUUUCAUUUUUUCUUUUUCUUUCCUUUUCUUAACAUUCAUCAUUCUUUCUUUCUCUCUUUUUUGUUUUUUAUUUCCAUUAUUCCAUAUACCCGUUUCAUUAGUUUUUUUUUUUUUUUUUCUGAUCUUUUUAAAGUUUUCAAAUCUUUCUUUGUUUUAAUCUUUUUCAAAGUUUUCUUCUCCAUUCAUCUUUUCGGUUUUCUUUCUGACUUAUUCGCCCUUUCAAGUUUUUCAAUCCGAUUGUCACAGCCGACAAGAAGAUCACAGCACAAAUAG